AUGUCGGUGCUGAGGCCAUGUUUGCUGAUCUUGGUCACUUCAACUACGCGGCAAUUCAGGCAAGUUUCUACUUUUAUCUUGGAGGAUUUGCAUAAUGUUAUAUCGCCACAGAUUGCCUUUACUUUCCUGGUUUAUCCGGCUCUGAUAUUGGCGUACAUGGGACAAGCUGCUUACCUAUCCCGGCAUCACCACUCUGCUCACGCGAUUGGGUUCUACGUCUCUGUGCCAAAAUGUGUGCACUGGCCUGUGCUUAUGAUAGCGAUUCUUGCUUCUGUUGUGGGAAGCCAAGCGAUCAUCAGUGGGACUUUCUCAAUCAUAAACCAAAGCCAGUCUCUUGGGUGCUUCCCUCGAGUCAAAGUCAUUCACACCUCAGAUAAGAUUCAUGGUCAGAUUUACAUACCUGAGAUUAACUGGAUGCUCAUGGUUCUCUGCAUCGCUGUUACAAUCGGGUUCAGGGAUGUCAAACACCUGGGGAAUGCAUCAGGUUUGGCUGUAAUGGCGGUUAUGCUAGUGACGACGUGUCUUAUGUCACUGGUCAUCGUUCUCUGCUGGCACAAGCCUCCGAUUCUAGCUCUCGCCUUCCUUCUCUUUUUCGGUUCAAUAGAGCUUCUCUACUUCUCGGCCUCACUCACCAAGUUCCGUGAAGGCGCUUGGCUUCCUAUCCUCUUAUCUCUGUUCUUCAUGAUCAUCAUGUUCGUUUGGCAUUACACCACAAUCAAGAAAUACGAGUUUGAUCUCCAGAACAAAGUCUCGCUUGAGUGGCUUCUUGCGUUAGGUCCAAGCCUCGGAAUCUCCCGAGUCCCCGGUAUAGGUUUAGUCUUCACGGAUUUAACCUCAGGAAUCCCUGCCAAUUUCUCCCGGUUCGUCACAAACCUCCCUGCUUUCCACCGUGUUCUCGUCUUCGUCUGCGUGAAAUCCGUCCCGGUCCCUUUUGUUCCGCCGGCCGAGAGAUACCUUGUGGGCCGUGUAGGUCCAGUGGACCACCGCUCGUACCGCUGCAUCGUGCGGUACGGAUACCGGGACGUCCAUCAAGACGUGGACUCGUUCGAAACAGAGCUCGUGAGCAAGCUUGCGGAUUUCAUCCGUUACGACUGGCACAAGAGAACACAAGAGGACGAUACGGCUCGGUCAGUCCGGUCUAACGAGUCCUCAAGCGAGUCGAGACUGGCUGUGAUCGGCACCGUCGCUUACGAGAUCGAUGAGAAUCUGCAACCGGAGAGCGUCUCGAUUGGAUUCACCACGGUAGAGAGCAUGGAAGACGUCAUAGAAAUGGCUGAGGCGGCGCCAACCGCAACCAUAAGACGGGUGAGGUUUGCGGUCGAAGAAGACAAUUACGAGGAGGAUGCGGAGGCAGAGGCGGAGCUGAGGAGCGAGCUUAGGGAUCUGGUGGCGGCGCAAGAGUCUGGGACGGCGUUUAUAUUGGGGCAUUCACACGUGAAAGCGAAACAAGGAUCAUCGGUGAUGAAGAGACUUGCCGUAAAUUUCGGUUAUAAUUUCUUGAGGAGGAACUGUAGAGGACCUGACGUGGCGCUUAAGGUCCCGCCGGUUUCUCUUCUAGAAGUCGGCAUGGUUUACGUUGUCUGA